AUGAAUGAGGAUUUGCCAUCGGCGAAACGACUAAAAGCUUCAACUGACUGGAACAAUGAUUUUUUACAGAAUACAGGAUUUGAGAAUCAAUGGAGUGAUGAAGAUUUAGAGGAUGGGUUUGCAUUAUAUGAUCCUUUCGAUCAAGUACAAAUUCCUCGUGGUCGUGUCUCCCAACCUAUUAAAGCGAAUUUAAGAAAAAAAGAAACAAAAGAUAUUAAUGAAGAUGAGGAGUUGAUGUUGCGUUUAAGUUCUGGCGUCUACUAUCCUAAAUCUCGUCCAUACUUAAGUAAAAAAGCCAGAGAACAUUUGGAUCUUUUAUAUAACACGCCGAAAGAUGUAUUAAAGCCUUCUAUCCUUCACGUUGAUUUCACUCCUCAAGAAUGUCAAAUCCUUAAAGAGGCCAAAGGGGUAUAUGGACCUGUUAACAGUGUUCGGUUCCACGAUGCCUUUCCAUUUUAUAUUUCUUCACGAUUACUAGGACGAACCUAUGAGGAUUGUCAGAAAUUCGAGGUCGACUGCCCAAAUCUAACACCUGUUGCAGAUUAUGGAGCCUUGCAGUUGAAGAAACAAGAACGAACUCACUAUCUAUCAAAGUAUUUUGAAAAGCUUUACAAUGCUAAAGCAUCUUAUUUUCAUCGAGGAAAUUGUAUCAACCUGAUGCUAAGUGAGUCCAUUCUAUUUAUGACACCUUGGAAAUACUUUAACGAAACAAGUGGUGAUACAGUAUGCGUCGAUUUUAAUCCUUUAUUCGGAAAAUUUGCUUUUGGAAGUACCGCUCAGGAUGGUGCAUACAAUAGACUUGGCAAUUUAUGGCUGGGUGAUUUCCAAUUGGAUACCGUUCAGGCGUUGGAAGGUCACUACAAAGUAAAUAUCUACGGAGAGAACGAGUUUUCAACCAUUUCUGAUCUUUGCUUUUCCCAAAAUGGACACUUUUUGUAUACUGGUGCAUUCGAUAAUACGGUAAAGGUUUGGGACAUGGAGGGAACCCUUUGUGGAAUAUUUGAUGAGCCUAAUGAUCGUAUUCAUAAACUUUCUUUGUCUAAAAAUAAUGUACUUGCUGUGGCAUGCAAAGACGGUCUUGGUUAUAUGCUUACAACCGACAAAACCUCAGGCAGUAUUCUUUCUACUCAAAAACUUAUAUAUCCUAAAGCAUUGAAAAAAAAUUACUCUGCAUCAUUAAUUGAAUUCUCUUCUUCGUUUGAUAAUUCCUCUCCUCGUGUUGUAAUAGGGUUUAAUACGAGUGACGAAGCAUUUACUUCCCUUUAUAUGCAUCCAUCGCACAUUGGAUUUGUAGCCAGCAGUAACAGCUCUCAGAGAGGAAAGGUUUAUUACAUCGAUACACGGAUUUACCAACCUGCCAUUGUGUUUAAUACCUCACAAAGAGAUAUCAAUCAUGCUACAAUCAGCAACUCCGGGUUUCUUGUUUCAUCUAGCGGGACAGACAAUCAGACUUUUGUUUGGGAUUCUCGUAAACCAAAUAAGGUUUUGAAUGUUUUAAAACAUGGAAGAACAAAAAUGAUUCAUUUUGAUGAUGCUAACCAGGAAGAAGUAGAUGCAGGCGUUACUAUGGCCCAAUGGGUUCCGAGUGGAAACCUAUUUGUUACUGGAGGUAGUGAUGGCCUCGUGAAAGUUUGGGACCUCCGAUUGAAUGAGCCAUUCGUACAAAAUUUUGCAGAGCUGGACUUUGCGAUCACUCAUGGAGUCUUUAGUUCUGAUAAAACAAAACUUUCAGUCUGCUGUAACGGAGGCGAUGUAUAUAUGUAUAAUAUAGGAAACGAUAAUCAAAACGAAUUUGGAGGGUUUACAUUCAAAGAGCACAAACCUAAUAAUGAUAUUCAGUAA